GGUCUCUCACUGGCGCGAAAAACGCACUGUGUGGCUGUCUCUGUUCCACGCUCUGGGGCGGACCGUGUGGCUGCUGCGUGCGCCCCGGCGGGUUUUUUUUCUCUCUUUCUGUGCAAAACUAAACUGAAACUAAAGUACGGACUGUGUUUUCUUCUUCAGACACGGACAGUUUCCCCGAACACCCAGAGGACUGUUGGCUCUUUUCUUUUUUUUCUUUCGGAUGCAGGUUGGAUUUUAACGUCCUGAGAUUCACGUGGGGAAUCUGCUGAGAACCGGACGUUCUCCAGGAGCCCUCUGAUCAUUUCUGGGAAUAAACUCUUGUGGAUUUUUACCCUCUGGAAGCAUGGAGUACGACUGUUACCAGGGUUACUUCUUUAAUUAUUUCGACACCGAGGGGGAUUUCUACAAGUCGACCGCACCAAGUGAGGACAUAUGGAAAAAGUUCGAGCUGCUGGCCACCCCUCCCAUGUCUCCCACGCGGACUCCCUCUCCGGGAGACCGCCUCAGCUGGCUGACCAAAGCGCUGGGCCAGGAAGAGGAGUGCGAGGCUCCCUUCAUCCCCGACAGGCAGCAGCUGCUGGGGAACCUCAGCGCGCACAUCAUCCGGGACUGCAUGUGGAGCUGCUUCUCCGCCAGCAAGCACCUGGAGAAGGUCAGCGGGAGAGGAGCGUCCUCCGCGGCGCAGCAGACGAGCGCUCCCCCGGUGGCACAGAUCACCGUCAGACCCGGCAAGGCGCAGUGCGUCUCGCCGGGCGCGCUGCUCGCCACCGCGGCCACGGACUGCGUCGACCCCACCGCCGUCCUCACCUACCCGGCGAAUAGCUGCAGGAAGCCGGCGUCGUCUGGCUCCGAGUCUCGCUCUGAUUCCUCUGACGAUGAAGAGGAGAUUGACGUCGUCACUGUGGAGAACAAGCAGAACCGGGUCCGGCUGGUGAACGUCCGGAAGCCGGUCACCAUCAGGGUCCGCGCCGACCCCUGCCCCAAGCGCUUCCACAUGUCGGUUCACCGGCAGCAGCAUAACUACGCCGCCCGGUGUCCGGACAGCGAGCCGGAGCCUGAGGAGGACGAGGAGGAGGAGGAGGAAGACGACGAAGAGGACGAGGAAGAGUACGCGGAGCCGCCGAGCAAGCGCACCUGCACGGCGGCGUACAGGCAGGCCAGCUCCUCCGAGCCGACGUCCCCCUCGGAGACCCCCCAGAACUCGGACACAGAGGACGUCGACCGCAGGCGAAACCACAACUUCCUGGAGAGGAAGCGGAGGAACGACCUCCGGUCUCGCUUCCUCGCCCUGCGGGACCAGAUCCCCGGCCUGGAGUCGGCCAAGACGCCCAAGGUGGCCAUCCUGACGCAGGCCACGGAGUACCUGGUGGAGCUGCACAGCCGGGAGAAGCGGCAGCUCCAGGAGAAGAAGCGCCUCAGAUCCAGGCAGCAGCAGCUCCUCCGCAAGCUGUCCGAGCUCAAACGCUCCUGAGACCCCCUCAAAGAACCCCCCCCCCCCCCCGCCUCGUUCAAGUCUAGGAACUUUGCUCCCACUUACCUGUCACUUUCAAAAAGCUGUUCUUUGUUUCUAGAACAACAUGCCUCAUGUAUAAAGUUGUGAAUCUCGCGGAUUGUGUGUGUGUGUGUGUGUGUGUGUGUGUGUGCGGCUGUGGGCUUCCUGUGGAAAGGCCGCUCCAGGCCUUCUUGACCUGUCAGGACAGCUUAGAUCCGAUUGCUGUUUCAUGGUUUCUUUUUGCACAGUGUUUUAGUCAUGAGCAGGUGGUUAAAGAAUUCUGGCUCUACCGGGCUCGAUCCUGGCGUUCGGCCCGGUGAUCAUAGUUUACAGGGACACUUGUAGCCUUGAGGAUGUGUGUGGAAUUCAGUUGUGGUGUCUUCAUUUCAUCACUGCACAUACAUUAAUGUGUGUUUGCCUUUCCGUGUACAUAAGAGUGAAGAUUGUUUGUUUUUUUUUUUUCUCGUGUGGCUGAUGAUCCGAUGUACAAAUUGUUGUGUAUAUGAUAGCUUAUUGCUCCUGCUGAAGGAGACCAAACCAAGAAUUGUUGACGAGCUCUGCUCCUCCGCAUGACGUGCCAACGGGGCACAGAGAAAAAUUUAUUUUGAUAGAAA